UAUCCAGUCUGAAUAUGUUCUGUUCUAUUCUGCUGUUUACAUUCAGUUAACUGUCCAUAGAUGCACUUGUCGCUGCAGCUGGGCUGUUUGCUCCCGAAUGGGCCUCCCUUGUCGCUUAUGUGGGCUGGCCUGGCUGAACUGUGUUGUGUGAGGGAAGGAAACAUGAAACAGAGCAGGGGAGGCAGGAGUUUCGGGUACAAGAGUAGGCGCGGGAGUUUCGGGUACAAGAGUAGGCGCGGGGACGGACCGGCCGCCGGGGGAAGCCAGAGCCGGGCCGCCGGGGAGCUCCUGCGCCGGGCACAGGCGCCCCUGUCAUCUCGCCGGGAGGCAGGAGUUUCUGGUACAAAAGGAGGCGCCGGGACGGGCGGGCCGCCGGGGAAGCCAGAGCCGAGCCGCCGGGGAACUCCUGCGCCGGGCACAGGCGCCCCUGUCAUCUCGCGGCGAGGGACCUUGUACGGAUCUAUCACAGGCCAGAUCAGGAACGGGGUUGGGGCAGCAGUAUCUUGCAGGUUGCAAAAUAUAAGUCGUCAGUAUGCAGAACUGCAGCAAGCUCAAUAAGCUGCCAAUAAUUGUUGAAGAGGACGAAUCAGACAGGGGCGACGGGUAUAACAGUCCACCAUGAACUUCUGCAGGGAUUUCAUUGGCGACCAAGCGAUUCAUAAUAUUCACCUGGAGGACGACAGUUCUCUGGCGCCAUAUUACCUUCACGACAUAUUACAUCUCAAGGGGAACAAUACAAGGAGGCCACAUCAGUUCAUCGAGUCUAUCGACGAAUGAUAAAGGAUACAGUUUCAAGCGAAUAUGAGGGUGUAACAAACUGAUGUAUCUUGGGGGCAUUCUUUGCCUGAGACUGUUUCUGUUGGAGCAAAGUGUUUGUACCAUAAUGAUCUAGAUUAUCUAUGUGGACCUAUAUAUUAUUGUCAGCACAACAUGGAAUGAAUUUGAAUGUCAAGUACAAACCACGGUAUUCGGGCAUGACCGAUCUAUAAGUUGCUCGGUAUGGAUGUAAAGUUAUGAGCGACCGGUUGUGUAGUUUUUCAUUGUUUUAAAUAUUCUAUUUUCGCGAA